CAACGUUCACAUUUAGUCGAGCGUUCUUCUUCGUUGCAUGAGGGUUAGUCCCUGGCGUGUAACAAUUCUGUGACUCGCAGUACGUGAAGUGUGUUCUAAGUUUCAAGUGAUCCUUCAACUCCAGAGGAGAGACAUCCGUACUCCCAAAACAAACACUCAUCGUGCCACUGCAUUUGACGACCGAGUUUUUACGCUGACCAUGCGAGCCGACAUGAGCAACUCCGUGUGUGUCCCCGGUCUACCAGGCGGUAUAGCCAACACCCCAGGCGGGGGGAUGACUCCUUCUCUUCCCCACCCACAACACCCCGGCAAGAAGCGCAGACAGACCCUACACCGCACCCGGGGUCUCCACCACUCCCAGGGGGGGCCGGUGCUGCAUGACUCCACCCAGUGCAUGCCUCUGCCGCCCGUCAGCGACCCAAAAACUCUGCAAGAAAAACGCGAACUUUUGGAAUAUUUCCAAAAACUCAGAGUCUUGGUGCCUUCCUUGCCGAAAACCGGAAAAAUUCCAAAGCUUGAAGUUAUAGAACACGUCAUAACUUACAUCAAGCAACUCGAGAACCAACUUAUCGACCAUCCCAUGAUUCAGGUACUCGAGAACAGCGCUUAUAUCAGCGGACUUCUACAGAGCAUGGCUCCAGAGUUUGAUAUCUCGCACCUCUUCCCAUCCCGCGCGAACUCUUCACAAAAUUUCACAGGUGUACCUAGUGGAAGGGAAACCUCGUCUUUGCAAUACGAAUUAUCGCCAAUUUCACAAAAUCCAUAUACUUUUUCUGGGGAAAUUUCAGCUGGAGCUUCUUUGUCGAUGCCCAAUUCGACUUCUUCCGCCCCAACUAAACUCAAAGCCAGGAAAUCUAGUGUUCGGAAGCCCUUGACUCUAAUAUCGGCAACUUGUUCGAAGUAAUCUUUGAAAUUGAACAACUGCGCUGUAAUAUUAUACCUUUAUACGAAGAAGCACGUAGCUUCCUUGCACAGUUGUUAUUACAUGAAAGACUUUCGAAAUCGAAGCUUGAGUUUGUCAGUUGUAGAUCGUUACGUUCCAGACGUUGUUUUUUUGAACCUAUAUAACGUUAUUACAAGCUUUCUCUUACAUCCCAUGUAACUGGAUGUGACGCGUCAAGCUGAAAUACUUUCUUUUUUGCACAAUGCUAGGUAUAUUGUGUGCAUGGGUUAAUCUAGUGAGAUAAUAUGCCCUGGUUCUAGAUGUGUGAGACAACCAAUAUGGGCAUCUCCUAUAUAUAUCUUCUGAUUUCAGUACUUUUAAAGGAAAUCAAGUAUCAUGAUAGGGGUAAUAAUUUUUUUAAUUUUUGCUUUAUUAUGUUAUUUAAAAAUUUGUUUAUAUAAUGUUGCAAGCAUCAUAUUUCGUGCGAUAUAUUCCAAAAAAGGUAGAAAACACUGCUCGGCAUCCACACGUAGAAGACGAAUAACGCUCACUAGUCUGAACUGAAAUGCAAUUUCUCCUUUCGUUUGGGUAAGGAGGAUUUUGUGACUGAGCUUGUUUGUAUAUUGAAAUUAAUAGAAAUCAAAAAUCUUUCUUAUGUAAGAUAGUACGUAUUCGUCUGUUUUGUUUCGUGUCGACCUCACGUGUAACAAUACUUGAAGCAUUAUUUUUUCAGUGUAAACCUGUAUUUUCAACCGUUUUUUUCUAAUUAUAAAUCUUCUCGAAAAGAUUGACAACAAAGUAAUCGAUUUAGGUCCGGAAAACAAAUUUAUGAGCAUCACUUCAAUGCAUGUGAAGCAAUAUUUUGUUUUUUUGUUUUCGACAGUACAGUUAACUUGUUCAGAAAAGUUACUAUAAGAUUUUGCUAACCAAAGAUGCUAUUUUUCGUUUGCUUUUGUACAGUGUUCGUGCAUUUGUGGCUAUUGAUAUUCACAUUUUAUUAUUAGAUAAUGUAAAUAUUUUGCUUAGUUUAUAUAGACGCUCGUACACUUUUGUUUUGUCUUGAACCUGAGUUAGUUGAAUAGCUGAACGAAUGUGGGAACAUGUAAUCAGUAAAUUCAACUUAGAUGUGAGAACAUUUAUGCCCAAGUUCAACUUAUAUGCGAGCACGUUUGAGGCAAAAGUUCAACAUGAAUGUGAGCACAUUUGGGGUAAGAAUUCAACAUGAAUGUGCGCACAUUUGAAGCUGAAAUUCAACUUAAAUGUGAGCACAUUUGAAAGUGAAAUUCAACCAUUUGUGUAAUGAUGAAAUAAAAUAUUUUACUUUU